AUGGGAAUCUGCAUUUCUGGCAGAAGAUACCUGCUGCUAAGAUUGCUGACCUGCAAUAAAAACCUGGUAAAAUUAUCAAGGAUGAGCUUCUGUGCCAAAUCAAUGCUUCCAUCUCAGUGGCUGUUCCUGGCAUAUGUGUUAAUGGUGUGCUGUAAAUUGUUGUCCGCAACUAGCCAUCCUCCUCGGGGACCGGCAGGCCUCAACCAAGUUAAGCAAGGGACCUGCGAGGUGGUUGCAGUGCAUCGGUGUUGCAACAAGAACAGGAUUGAAGAGCGGUCACAGACAGUCAAGUGUUCUUGCUUCCCAGGUCAGGUUGCAGGCACAACACACGCGCGGCCAUCUUGUGUCGAAGCUGCCAUUGUUAUCCAGAAGUGGUGGUGUCAUAUGAACCCUUGUCUGGAAGGAGAAGAAUGUAAAGUGCUUCCAGAUUACACAGGUUGGUCAUGCAGCAGUGGAAACAAAAUUAAAACAACCAAGAGAUGA